AUGCACCCCUGCUUUCUUCCGGCGCUCAUGUACGAGGCCAAUGUCGCGGAUGUCGUACUGUGCAGGAUUGUAAGGCACGUUUUCCUUCGCGAUGACGCGCCGUGCCGUUAUGCGGAUAGCACCUAUCGCUUCGAGCUUGUUUGCGUCUCGGUGAAGUAA